UUUUGUGCUGUCUUCUCUCUUCCAGAAGGAAAAGCCCUAUACCAGGUGGGGUAUGAGAAUGAGGUGGGCAACGGCUCUGACUUCUACGACAUUGUGGUCAUUGCCACCCCCUUGCAUCGGGACAACAGUAGCAGCAACUUCACCUUUGAAGGCUUCACCCCACCCAUCGAUGAUGUCCAGGGCUCUUUCCAGCCCACUGUCGUCUCCUUGGUUCAUGGCUACCUCAACUCCUCCUACUUUGGUUUCCCUGACCCUAAGCUGUUCCCCUUUGCCAACAUCCUGACCACAGAUUUCCCCAACUUUUUCUGUACUCUGGACAACAUCUGUCCCGUCAACAUCUCAGCCAACUUUCGGCGGAAGCAGCCCCAGGAGGCAGCUGUUUGGCGAGUCCAGUCCCCCAAACCCCUCUUGCGGACCCAGCUGAAGACCCUUUUCCGUUCCUAUUACUCAGUCCAGACAGCCGAGUGGCAGGCCCACCCCCUCUACGGCUCUCGCACCACCAUCCCGAGGUUUGCGCUCCAUGACCAGCUCUUCUACCUCAAUGCCCUAGAGUGGGCAGCCAGCUCUGUAGAGGUGAUGGCCGUAGCUGCCAAGAACGUGGCUUUGCUGGCCUACAACCGCUGGUACCAGGACCUAGACAAGAUUGACCAAAAGGAUUUGAUGCACAAGGUCAAGACUGAACUGUGAGGGCUGCGGAGAGAGCCCUGAAACUUCUGUUCCCCAAUGAAGAUGGAUCGUACCCCACAGCAGCUAGGGCUGAGUAAGCCACGAGCCUCUUGGCCAAUCCCUCAUGUAUUGAGUCUUUUCCCUCCGGGGUGGGUCCAGGUGGCCUGCUGUUGGCCGAUAUAUCUUAAGGAUCCUCACAGUGGUUGCUUUAUUUUUAAGAGAAAGAGAAAGAAAAAGGAUGCAAAUUCAAUGGAGUGUGUUUGUUUUCUUUUUAUUUUUUAAGAAGAAAUAAAAUCCAUCUUCUCAAGCUGCUCUGACUUGAUUUUCUAACUAAGAACCAAGAUGACUAUGGGAGGAAAUAGAAGCAGAGAACUCUGAGUCUGAUUUCUUUACUGGUUUUCACUAGCUACUCCCAAAACAGACAUCCAACCUCAGUAAAGUAUUUCAACCAGGUGGUUACAAAUAAAGUAGAAAGGAAGCUCAGAAAACCUAAGAAAUGCUACUAGCUCCUGUUUACUGUGAGGUAUCUAAAUCAGAAUUUAUUAGACACCAUCUCCAAGCCUCUCAACAACACUGCACAAAGAGAUGUUUGCCCCAACAGAGUUGCCAGUCUAGCUCUACGCUUCUUGGAAACUAGUGGGAAAAGGGAAGCAGCAGGCUGGAAGAAGAGAGAACCUUUCCCUUAGCCUCUGGAAGAAUUGAUUAUUCUGUUCCUUGUGUGGGGGUUGAGGAGGACACAGUGGAUCUGUCUUUCAAAGAAGACCAGUCCCCAGAUUAUACAGAGCAGUCAUACCUCACCCUAGACAUUCACCCCAGCAGAGAAAAGGAAGAAAAGGCGUUGAGAUAGUGUUCUUUAAAGGAUAACCUGGUACUUGCUUCUCUGACAC